ACUAUACUCUUUGGGGAAAAGCUACAAAAUGUCACAAGUGUCGGUUGUCGUGUCAAAGAUAUCGAUUCAUUCAUUUCAUGUUUUAUGAAUUCUGACUAAUUAUUUUAUUCAGAUUAAUGUUAUAUGAGUUUAAGUUUUUCCAAUAAGUUUAAAUACUUGCAUUAAUUUAAUGAUGUCAUAUAUCACACGUAUAUGCUAUUAUUAAUCUGGCUUUAAGUUAAGUAGUAAGGAGUACUAAAGCGCUUGGUAAAAUGUUUUGAAUCUUAGUUUGAAAUAAGCUGCAGAGCGCCAGAGCCAUGGCUGCUGAUACAGCAGUCGCACCGACGCCCGAAGAAACCUUGGAGUCACUUCUUCGUGAGGCAGAGGCAUUGAAACAAAAAUUAGAGGAGGAGCGACAAAAGCUUAACGAUGUGACAUUGUCAUGUGUGGCAGAGCGCCUGGAGCCUGUCACAUUCCCAAACCUGAAGCUGCGGCGUGUGCUGAAGGGUCACCAGUCCAAAGUACUCUGUGCGGACUGGUCACCUGACAAACGCCACAUUGUUUCCUCUUCACAGGAUGGUAAGAUUAUCGUAUGGGACGCGUUCAGCGCGACCAAGGAGAUGACGAUCUCGAUGCCGAGCACGUGGGUGAUGGCCUGCGCCUACGCCCCCUCCGGCACCAUGGUGGCCGCCGGGGGCCUGGACAACAAGGUGACGGUGUUCCCGCUGGGCGCGGAGGAGGAGGUGGGCGGCGGAGGUGGAGGUGGAGGUGGUGGAGGUGGUGGGGGCGCGGGCGCGGCGCAGCGCAAGCGCACCGUGGCCACGCACACGUCGUACAUGUCGUGCUGCCGGUUCGCGCACUCGGACCGGCAGCUGCUGACGGCGGGCGGAGAGGGCGCGUGCGCGCUGUGGGACGUGGAGUCGGGCCAGCUGCUGCAGAGCUUCCAGGCGCACGCGGCCGACGUCACCUGCCUGGACCUGGCCGCCUGCGAGAUGGGCGACACCUUCGUGUCCGGCGGCUGCGACCGCGCCGCGCUCGUGUGGGACAUGCGCAGCGGCGGCGCCGUGCAGGCGUUCGACGCGCACGACUCGGACGUGACCAGCGUGCGCUUCCACCCCGCCGGCGACUCGCUGGCCACCGGCUCCGACGACUCCUGCUGCCGACUGUUCGACCUGCGCGCCGACCGCGAGGUGGCGCGCUACGCCAAGGACAACGUCAUCUUCGGCGUCAACUCGGUGGCCUGGUCGGUCAGCGGGCGCCUGCUGUUCGCCGGCUACAGCGACUACACCGCCUGCGCCUGGGACGCGCUGCGUGCAGUGCGCGUCUGCGUCCUCUGCGGGCACGAGCACCGCGUCUCCUGCCUCCAGCUCUCGCCCGACGGCACCGCGCUCGCCACCGCCUCCUGGGACUCCACGCUCAGGAUUUGGGCGUAGAGAUGAACAGCGAAAUGGUUCCGCAUUCCCACAGUCGCGGCCGCAGCCCUGAUUCAUGAAAUGGAUGAUGACUCAUUAUGAUUCCAAUAAUUUCCGUAGCGGCUGUCUGUGGUGUGCUGGUGGUGGUGCUGGUGGUGGCAAUGGUGCGGUACACAAUUGUCCGAUGAGUUAUGAAGUGUGAGGUGAGCAGAAGAGCCCGUCUUGUGGAGGGGAACUCACCGCACUCACUGUACUCGCAUGUACUCCACCUCUUAACUUGUGUCGUUUAUAUAUUUAUCACCAGUUUUGAAUUGAUUAUAUAAAUUCAGUUUAAUUAUAAGAAUUAGUAUAGUUGUUUAGUAGCGCUGCUAUUUGAUGUGAGGUCGCGCUCACACUUUGCCCUCCUUUAAGAAAUAACUACAUAAAUAUAUAUACUUUGGUACAAUGUCACUAGAUUUACUUCUAACGUCUAUAUUUUAUAUUAUUUGAAAAAAUCAGGUUUCGAUUUUUGUUUAAUUUUCGAGCAAAUAUUUUGUGCAAAGUAUAACACAAUCGAUACAAUUAUGAAGAUAAUUUUACCAAAAGUUAGGACAAAGAAGAAAUAGUCGAAAGCUUCAGAAGUAUAUUUUUGUAGUAGGUGAUGUGCGUCCGUGCAGUUCAGUCUUCUACAAAAUGUAGCGAGAAGAUAAAUGUACUGUUCGAGGCUAUUUGUUUUAUUUAUUAUAUAUUAUAUAGGAGCGACAGAAGUGUAGAGAUGUCUCAUGUACCGGCCACGACAUUAGUCUUGUUCCUCUGCCAUCCUCACCCUGGACCUUUGUUGAAAACUUCUAUUUGUUUAUAAUUUAAUUUAUUAAUAUCAUUAUAUUAGUGAAAUGAAAAUGAAAUACGUGCAAUAUUAAAUAUCAAAUAUAAUAAAUAAACUAACGCCUGUCCUUACAAUGUUAUACAAUCAAUAAAUUUAUUGUUAAACCGU